CGGCCUCGCUUCCUUCUCCGCCUCCUCGCCGGUCGCGGCGCUUUGAGCUCACCUCUGAGCUGUGGCGACAGAAGAAACAGCAGCAAGCGCCUGGAUGUGGAGUCAACUGUUCCUCCAAGGCUGUAAGGCAGGUCUUCCUCUCUUCCCCCGCAGCAGAGCAGGGAUUAAAAUCCUGUGGCGUCGUUUAAGUACGAUGAAGCUAGAGUCUUCCGAAUUCCAGUCCCUCUUCACACCAGGAUUGAAGAGUGUUGCAGAAUUAUUUGACAAAGCCAAUUAUGAACUAAGAAUAGCAGGAGGUGCUGUAAGGGACUUACUCAAUGGAAUGAACCCUCAAGAUGUUGACUUUGCCACCACUGCGACUCCUACUCAGAUGAAGGAAAUGUUCCAGGCUGAAGGCAUCCGUAUGAUCAACAACAGAGGAGAAAAACAUGGAACCAUCACUGCCAGGCUCCACGAGCAGAACUUUGAAAUUACCACGCUUAGAAUUGAUCUGGUUACUGAUGGAAGACAUGCAGAAGUGGAAUUCACAACUGACUGGGAAAAAGACGCUGAGAGGAGGGAUCUCACAAUCAAUUCUAUGUUCUUAGGCUUGGAUGGCACACUUUAUGAUUAUUUCAAUGGCUACACCGAUUUAAAAAACAACAAAAUCAGAUUUGUAGGACAUGCAAACGAGAGAAUACAGGAGGAUUACUUACGAAUUCUACGAUACUUCAGGUUUUAUGGGAAGAUAGCAGAAAAGCCUGGUGACCAUGAAUCCAAAACUUUGGAAGCCAUCAAAGAAAAUGCCAAAGGCCUGGCUGGAAUAUCGGGCGAGAGGAUUUGGGUGGAAUUGAGGAAAAUUCUCAUUGGGCAGCAUGUCAAUCAUCUCAUUCGCCUAAUGUACGAACUUGGUGUGGCUGGCUAUAUAGGAUUGCCUAUUAAUGGGAACUUGCAAGAAUUUGACACAGUCUGUAAAAAUGUUCAGAAUCUCUUUCCAAAAGCAAUGACCGUUCUAACAUCACUGUUAAAGGUUCCAGAUGACAUCACCAAACUGGAUUUAAGGCUGAAAAUUUCAAAAGACGACAAAAACCUUGGGCUCUUUCUGCUGAAGCAUAGGAGAGACUUGGUCAAAGCUACUGAUACUGCAGAACCAAUUAAACCAUAUCAGGACUUCGUUAUAGAUUCUAGGGAGGCUGAUGCAAUAUCCAGGAUCUGUGAGCUUCUGAAGUACCAAGGGGAAGAACAUCUUCUGAAAGAAAUGCAACAGUGGUCUGUCCCUACUUUUCCAAUAAGCGGCCACGACAUAAGGAAAAUGGGAAUUUCAUCAGGGAAAGAAAUUGGGAUAGUCUUACAGCAGUUACGGGACCAGUGGAAAAAGAGUGAUUACCGAAUGGAUAAGGAAGAACUCCUAAGCUAUGUAAAGAAGGGUGAAGAAUCUGGAAAAGAGGUUAAUUUUUGACAAUGGUGUAGUGGAGCCAGGAAUCACAGGGGUCAAAACACUGACACAUUUUAAUUAG